UCAACUAGCCAUUCAAACACACGCGAGACUCACGUGAACUGGAGAAUCCUUUGUGGCCUUCCCCUUUUCUCUUUCCUACUCCUGUUUCAGUCUCUGGAGAACUCUGUAAAUCUACUCCUUCGACAAGUGUUAGGAUUCCUGUUUCUUGUUUUGCAUGUUUUGAAGGAUUGGCGAUGUGUGAGAUAUUACAAGAGAUGAUAUGUGAUCUGUUCUGGUUUCUUUAGAUAUGUUUGAUUGGAACGACGAAGAGCUUACGAACAUAUUAUGGGGUGAGACUGACAAUAGUGAUGACCAUAUUGUGCCGUUUCCAGACACAAGCGAAGAUUAUUGCAAGAAAAAAGAAUCUAGUGGAGAAGCUGGUACCAUUAAUUCUGGUGUGCAGAAAGCAGCCGGGGCUAAAGUUGAUAUUGAUGGCAGAAAGUUGGAGAAUAGUUCAAACUUUGACACCAGUGAAGGAACUUCUGCCUCAGGAGUCGAUGUAGACCGAUGGCCUAGCUUGUCGUUAUCUAAUGCUGCCAAAACUGAUAGGGAUUCCUUUGGCACUUCAAUGCCUAACAGUUUAACUGACAUUACCAAACUUGAUUCAUCAGCAGGUGGUCAACAAGGUGAUUUUGUUGAUUAUGGCUGGGCUAGCAUUGGAAGCUUUGAUGAUCUUGAUCGGAUUUUCAGCAAUGGUGACCCAAUAUUUGGCAAUGUAAAUCUUGGCAAUGCUGAUGACCUAUGGUCAUCUUCUAAAGAUAUCACUAACAGUCCGGUAAAGCCCUUUCCAAUAUCCAUGGCUUCAAGACAAGAGUAUGCACAAGAAGAUGACGAGCUGUUUACCCUUGGCUAUGGCAAAAUGAACGAUCCUGCAUCUCGUGGUCUGCAGAAUACACAGACAGAUUUGGCCAUUGUGGGAAAGAACACAACAACUAGCUCUCAGCUGACUGCAGAAAAUGUGGUGCUGCCAAAUGAAUUAACAAAUAAGGUUUACAGGCAAAAGAAGCUUUUAAAAGGUCGGAAAAAACUGGAAGAAAAAGGUGAACUGAAAUCAUACCAAGAUUUUAAUGGAAACUGGACUCUAUCUGGAAUCCAAGCCGAUCAAUUUAAGAAUCAGUUUGCACCCCAAAUUAUGCAAUCUUCUCCCCCUUCGAUUCUCAACCAACAGAAUCAGCUCCAGGGACCUGAGCAGUUGCAGUACCAGAAAAUAUCGAAUCCAUGUGUGGCCCCUUCUGCAUAUGGGAGCAUGACAAAUCCAUAUUCCACGCCUAUGUUGUCUCACUUUCAGUCUGGGGAAUUUAAGCAUCAACCUUUAGCUUCUGGUUAUGAAUUUUCUUCAGUUUCUUCAGGCAAUGCAAAUCCUAUAAACAACUUAGAUGACUGUCCAGUGAAACCCCAGAGAAUGACACCUCAGGAAAAAAUUGAAAAAUUAAGGAGGCGGCAGCAAAUUCAGGCAAUGCUUGCCAUUCAGAAACAGCAGCAGCAGCUUGUUCAUCAAAAAUGUUCUCAAGAAAAUCAAAUUCAGCAUGUUGAAGGAGCUGACCUAGAAGUAGAGGAUCUAAGUACUCUUGCUUCAUUCGACCCAAACUCGCCUAUUGAGCAAGAUGAUUCCAAUACAAUCUCUCUGGCAGUUAAUGAUUACUCAAUGGAGGACACAAUACUCUACAGGCUUCAAGAUAUAAUUUCAAAGCUGGAUGUCAGAAUUAGACUCUGUAUUCGGGAUAGCAUGUUCCGGUUAGCUCAGAGUGCAAUGCAGAGGCAUUAUGGUAGUGAUACUAGCAGUACAAACAAUAGCAGGGGUGAACAAGUUGCCAUGAAAGAGGAAACCAGGAUGGUUAAGAUGCCUGAAGUGGAAACAGAUACCAACCCCAUAGACCGGACUGUGGCCCAUUUGCUGUUUCAUAGACCAGUGGAUUUCGCUGGGAAACAUCCUGAUACACCUGAAUCACCUGUUUCUACUAAGCUCCCGUGUGAGCACAAGACAGUGGGCAUAGCAAAACUGUCAAUGGGAAGCUUGCCUGACUCUCCAAAAAGUAAACCGAACUUUUCUCAACAGGGUUCUAAACUUUCUAGUCUCUUGACCAAUUUCCAGCCAGCCGGUCAGUGUAAAAGCAAUCCUUGUUUAGACACAUCGGAGGAUGCAUCAAACAAUGGACCUGCAGAUGAAGUAGCUAGAGAGGUUAAAGCCUCUGAAUGAAGAUAAGGGUUUUCUUUUAAUGUCAGCCCAUUGGAUCAUCAUCAAAUGAGGGUCACACAGAUUAAUCACCAAUAUUGCCGAGGAUUCAUCAACGUCAUUGGCAGGCAGCGUAACGUCGCAUUUGUGGAUUUGAAAGUAUUGUGGUCUAUAUAGCUACAUAUCUACUACCACCAGAACUUCCUGAAUUCUCAAGAUGAUGACUUUUAAGUGUAUGCUUUUAUCCUUCUGCUAAUUAUGUGGAAGUGUGAUACGCCAAUAAUUAUUAGCAGAUUUAUAUGUGCCUACCCUCUGAGUGACAUUGGCCUCUUUCCCUUGUUUCUGAAUUGUGAUUCCAAAACACAUUCAUCUUUGUUAUGAACUUACCAUGGGUUUGAGUAUAAAAGUUUGUUCUUCCUCUGCUACCAA